AUGGGUAGCAUCAAAGUUGCCGUAGCCGGCGCAACAGGCGAGACUGGCUCAUCCAUCAUCCGAGGAUUGCUUGCAUCGACCACAAGCAGGUUUCAAGUUACUGCUCUUGUCAGGCCAUCGUCGCUUUCCAAGCCAGAAGUUCUUGAGCUGAAAGAGAUGAGUGUCAAGGUCGUAGGAGCGGACCUCACCGGACCUGAGGGAGACCUCGAGGCCAUCCUAACGGAUAUAGACGUGGUAAUCUCGGCUGUCAAUGCAACCGCCAUCUUGAACGAAAUACCACUCAUAAAUGCGGCGAAAUCUGCCGGCGUGGGACGUUAUGUCCCUUGCUUCUUCGCCACGGUUGUCCCGCCAAACGGAAUUCUGAGACUCAGGGAUGGGAAAGAAGUGGUUUUGAAUCAUAUUAAAAAGGUAUAUCUGCCUUACACCGUCAUUGAUGUUGGCUGGUGGUACCAAAUUGCGCUCCCUCGGGUGCCAUCAGGACGCCUUGAUAAGGCACUCGCGAUGCCCGCAGAGUGCAUUCCUGGUGAUGGCAAUACUCCAUCUGCCAUGACAGACGUGAAGGAUAUUGGCCGCUAUGUAGCCCGCGUUAUUGCUGAUCCGCAAACUUUGAACCGGAUGGUGUUUGCAUAUACUGAGCUACACACGACGAAUCAGGUCUAUGACAUAGUGGAGAAGCAGAGCGAUGAGAAGAUUGAGCGAAAAUACAUGGCCGAAGAUGAGAUCAAAGCUAGAGCCGCUGCGGCGCAACAGUCCAACACCAUCCCAGGAUCUCUCGAGAAUGUUUCGGAAUCGCAGUUUCAGUACUGGAACAGCUGGGGUAUCCGCGGUGACAACACCCCCGAAUUUGCCAAGUAUCUUGGAUACCUCUUGGCCAAAGAGCUAUAUCCAGACCUCGAAGGCCGCACACUUGAGGCUUACGUGAAGGAUGCAUUGGAUGGGAAAGAACAGGCUGCUUGGCAGCAGGCAGGUGCCUUAUAUACCAAGAACACUACCAAGGCCGACUAG